CCUUACUCUGCAAUCUGCUACACUAUCACCAUUCACUUGUUGACUUUCGCUUUCUUUUCAAACUCUCUCUCUCUCUCUCUCUCAAUCCAAAACAUCUUGUUUUGUUUCCUCUUUCACUCGAUCAUGGACUUCCACAGCCUCUCAAGGAAGGAGCUUCAAGCACUUUGCAAGAAGAACAAGAUUCCCGCCAACAUCACCAAUGUUGCCAUGGCUAACGCUCUCUCGGCUCUUCCCCAUGUUGAAGGAUUGGAUGAAUUUUUUAAUCCAAUUGAAGCUGAAAAAGCAGCUGAAACCCCCAUUCCUCAUCGUGGUGCGGCGUCUAGAACCGCAACCGGAAACAAACCUGUUAGAGAAGAACAACAAAGCUCAAAGGUGGUGUCUUCGCAGAGGCCUCAGCGUGGGACUAGAAGAGCAGGAAAUGGUGACGGAGUGAUAGCAUCUGAGCAAGAGAAUAAAGAUGCCAAUGUUUUGGUUACUCCUGCUGCAAAGAAAAGGGCUCCUGCAGUUUCUUUGCGCAGAAAGAAGGAAGUUGAGGCGGUUGAAGAUGAUGAUAUAGUACUCGAAGGUCGGUGA